AGAGACCAGUGUCCGGUUCUGGCCUUGGGCACUGUCUGUGUGAAUUUUGCACAUUCUUUUCGUGUCUUUGGGAUUUCUCUGAGUGCUCCAGUUUCCUCCUACUUCGUUAAGCCAUACAGACGGCUCCUGUAAAUUGCCGUAAGCAAAUAGAUGCUGACAGUAUGACCCUGAAUGACCCUAAGCUAUGUUACAUUCUUGAUGGAGUUCUCUUUGUGUAUGGAAUCAUAAUCACUGCUCUCUACCUUAAACUAAGGCUGACCAAGGCAAAAGGCAAGUUGGAGGAUGCUCCUGUGAUCCAGCCAAAUAUGGAAAGCGCAUAUGAACGCUUGCAAAAGAAGAAUCAGGACGCCUAUUCAGACCUUAGGUUCAAACGACAGCAUGAUGCAGAGGGCGGAAGUGGACCAAAGCGGAAUGAAAGAAGUAAUGCUGCAGCUACUAGUGACACCUAUUCUAAACUGAAUACCAAGAACAGAAGUGAACCUUAUGGUGAACUCAAACCAACCCAACAGAAACGAAGAGGCAAAGGAGGAAACGACAUUUAUCAGGGACUGACUUCAGCAACACAAGACCCAUACGAUCAACUGCAAAUGCAGCCAUUAUCAGCCGUGCCUCCACCUCCUCGUCGCUGAGAAUCUGGAACUGAUAAGAUCAAGACAACCCAGUGAUAACCUUUCAGGAUUAACUCAAUUUCAUCAACAUAAACGAUAAUGCUAAAUUGAAAAUUGUUCCCAGCAAUAUUUACUUCCAAAUAUUUAAACUCUUAUGAAUAUGCAUUAUUGAAAUAUGUGAAACUGUUCGACUGAAAUGGUGCCAACUUCUGUUUACUAGCCUUUAAAGAAUACCAUCCAGUUUGAUUUAAUCUGCAGUUGAUUUGAGAAAUGUAGGUUACUUAAUGUUUAAGAGUCAUUUUUUAUUAAAUCAAAAUGAAAUGUUAAGCUGUAGAUAAGAAUAUAUUACAUCUAAGUGGGCAAUAAGGCAUUUAGUAAGUAGCUUCAAAAUGGAAAUAGUGUGCAUAGAAAUUGAAUUAGGGCAUUUUAAAAAAAUUGAGUUUUAAAAGGCAAUUAUGUGGACAAGGAAUCAUGUAAAUAAUAUUGCAAAGAGGCAUUUUUUAUAGUUAAACAUUUUUCUAAUGAACAAGGGGAAUCAUUUAUCUCUGUAGAAUUGCAUGAGUUUCAGUAAUACUACAAAAAGUUUUUAAGCAAACUGCUGCAUGUUAAAAGAUAGUUUUACCAAGCAGAAAUCAAUUUUAGUUAACUUUCUAUUGUAAGAAGUAAAAUGGUGGGGGAGGGGGGUGAAACUAUUGAUUGAUUUACACCUUUAAAUCCCAGGAGUAUAUAAUAGAUCACCAUUAUUUGGUGCUGGGCAGAAGUUACUUCAAUGCUGAUCAUUAAGUUUCCACCAAGAUUAAAAGUCUAUUUUAAUUCCCACUUUUAUAUAGCAUUUUGUGUGUGAAUUAGGCUUAAAGUAACAAUCACUCUUGAUAAAUGUAUUUAUUUAAAAUAACAAAGGGUGAUUAGAAAGGCAUUAAUUCAUUAUAAUCUAAGUCCUUUUAAAAUUUAGAUUAUUUAUGUGCCUUUGUAUUAUGUCAAUAUUUUCUACUAAUCCUGGAUCUAUGGGCAAAUUUUGUACAGUUGUUAUCUAUGCAUUCAAUACAAGUACAGUAUAUAUACAGGAGUAAAAGAAAACAGAAUGGCUUGUUUGCUUGUGUGUCCACAUUUAAACAAGUUGCUAUGAUCUGGAGUGCAUUGCUUGAAAUGAUGGUGGAAAUUAAAUUAAUUCAACAUUGACAAGAAAUAAAUACUUCUGGUGGAAUGCAGCAAGACGUUUCAGAACCUGGCCCGUUUGGUUUCUUUGUAUGUUGUCACAUUCUAUGAUUAUAAUGAUCAUCAAGGAUAAAAAUACACCAAAUCAAAUUUUGUUUUUAAAUAGUUUGUACUUUAGCAAUUAAAAAGUAAAUGGUAACCAUUGCUGUUAUCACUUACCUUAAUGCCAGUAAAAGGCAUUUGCUAUUCUAGUUGCUUUUGUAAACCAGGUCCUCUGUGUCUAACAAUCAUUGUUGAAGUAAUCAGACCAUGAUCAUCAUAAUAUUAGCAUAUUUGGACCAAAGAGAAGUUAUAAGCAGAUUUCUAAAUGAAGUUAAAACACACUAUUUUUUUUAAAAAAAACAGUCCAUUCAUUACAAACCAAGCAAGCACUCCAGAAUGCAGUCCUGACCAAUUUGGAGAUACAUAAUUUUCUUCGAAAAUAUUGUUAAGCAUUGUUUAGUUUUACAUAUUUGUAUGUAUUUAAGCUGUUUUGUGUAAUGCCUGUCAACUUUUCUGUAUUAAAAAUAAAGACAGACCUGAAUGUUUACAUUCUUUUCAAGUGCACUUAGAGAACCUCCAUAAGCAACAAACUCUAGUUUUUGCAAUUAAUUGACAUAAUUAUAUAAAAAUUCAAGAACAAUUUAAUCUUAAUAUUUUUUAAUGGUUUGAGGCAGCUCAGCUUGGCUCGUAGAAUUAAAGUUAAGUUCACUUUGCCAUUUGGCCUUUCCAGGGGUACCUUAAUAAAGAGGUAUUGGAAAUAGAGUGGGUUACUGCUCAAAAUAAAUUAUCUUCAUAUAAUGAGGCAUAAGCAUUAACCUUUUUUAUGGCAAAAAAAGGUAAAGUUAUUUGUUAGCAUUUUGCAACUGCAAUAUUAAACUCAUGCUAAUAAUUCAAUGAAUCACCACGAUGUACAGAAGUAUUCAUGAAUAUUUCAAUGUUUGACGGCAAACAAAAUAAUAUUCUACUAAAUGAACUAGAUACAAGUUCACUGUAUGUUUCAAUGAGCAUGUAACAAAUAAAGCUAAUCUUUAGUGUUUACUUAAUAGUAGCAUGAUCUAAGUAUACAAAAUAUUGCUUACAAUCAAUUGCAUUUAACUACUUGCAGUGCCAAACUUUUAGAAAACCAUACAAUUUUUCAGAACACUGGAAUCAGCCCUGUAAUGCAGCAGACUUUACAGCCAAGUUUCAAUGUAGAAUUUGCAUCUUAACCACAUUCAGAUCUUCUAAAGGUUUCUACUUAAAAGAACAGUCAUGUUUGCUUACCUGUUCUUUGAGAAAUACGUCACUAUCAAGACCCCAUGCGCGUGCUUGAGUAUUUAUUAUGAAUGGUGAUAAUUAGACACCAUGAUAAGAAGUAUUACAAAUCAUCUACAUGAUACAUGUAGUAUCCAAUCAACCAUUAGUUUAAUAAUUGGGUUCAGAUAUUGUUCAAUUGUUUUACAAUUAUAUACAAUGAAAAUAUAAAUGAUUAACCACCAAAAUGUUCAAGUACUCAAUGGUUAUCUACUUCAAAAGAAUAAACUGUACAAAGGGGAACAGAAAAUAACUAGGUUUUCCCAAUGGUAUUUUAAGUCAGAUUUUUAAUGAACCAAGACGCCAUUACAAAAAUGAUUACAAAAUGAUUAGAUAAAAUGACCACAUUACAAUACAAAAAAAUCUAGCUGAAAUGGAAUUAUUUUUUAAACGGCAGUUGUUGAGAACCACUUUAUCUGCAAUGAGUACUACGGACAAGAACUGAUUUUGAAAAGGAAAUUUUAAAACUUAAGAGUACCUUAAUGCAGACAGAGCAAUAUUGUUAAAUGUGUAUUUCUAAUACAACUGAGCAAAUCUUAACUAUCAAGAAUAUUUAUCGCUGUGUAGCUGGUUUCAUAAUAAAUUAGAAAAAUAGGACUUAGUUUGUAUAGAUAUUUUUAAGUUAAAGGGGUGGGAAAUAAAUUAACACUUAAAGCACAAAUAUAUAUCCAAUGUACAGCAGACCAGAACAGUAGCCAUUUAACAUGGUUCUAAACCAGGAAGCAUCAUACAAAAUUAUAUGUGUAAUCACCUAAAUCAAAUUUUCUUUAAAAGUUUAAAUUCAAGAAAUGCAGUUGUCACAUCUUGAUUGAAACCCAUUGAAAAAUUGUGUUUAGUUAUAGUUGCCACCUGACAAUUUAGAAUAGUUUAAAUUCUGGCUCGUCAAAGAUCAUGACACAAGUAGCUAGUCCCUGUUCUACCUAUAUAUUAACUUAUGAUUUAUCUAUUUAUGCACAUUUGAUGAAUCAGUUUCCUAAAUAAAGGAAGCCUAAGUAUUUGAUUUUAGGGAAUCAGGUUCACUCUCAAUCUGCAUAUAUUUAGUUUAUUGAUUGGAAAAAAGAGAUGAGAAUCAAAUUCAUAAACUAAAAGGUAAACCUCUACAACAUCUUAUUGAUUCCUAUUUAAAUUUGGCAAGUUUUACUACGGUAGAUAUGAAACCAACAUUUUGUUCUUUUAAGUAUAAAGAUAUUUCACCAUCUUCAAUUUCCAACUAAGUUAUUUGUCCAACUUUUAAUACUAUUUACCAUAAACAACUAUAUUUAUAUUUCCAUUCACGAGAUACUGAUUUUAAUUAAAUUCCACAAAUAGAUACUUUAUUAAUGUUAUGCCUCAAGUUUUAAGUGUAGGAGGAAACAUCAUUUUUCUGACAAAAGACAAUAACUGCUUCAGUGUUUACACUGAUUCCAAAACACUGAUAUUAAAUAAGCAAUUAUUCAGGGUAGACCUCCUAAGGAAUAAUUUCUCUCUCAGAAGUCCUAAUUAUUUUCUUUGCAAAAUUAUUUUCCAAAGUCAUCAGUAGUAGACUUAAGCACCACCAACCCUGUGCCCCCUACCCCUAGCAUUGAGAUUCAAUUCAGUGGUUCCAGUUAAAAUUAUGAAAAUGAGUUAGAGAAUGAGUAUACAAUUUAUAGGACACAACUGAGAAGAUCUACAAAUGCAUGGUCACAUAUCUAUGAAUGUCACUGAUGAAAAGUGCUAACACUUAACAGAAUGUUUAGCACCAGAAAUAAAAAAAACACCAAAUGACAUCAAAUAACUAAAUUUGUCAAAGCGUAAAAUUUAAUAUCCUGACAAUUUAGUCCUUACAAUUUCCCAAAGAUUAAUCUUUUUAACUCAAGUUUAUCUUGAGCUGAAGUGAUACUGUACAUUGUAAGUUAAUAUGGUUAUAACCAGUACACAACAAUAUGCAAAUCAAUGCUUCAUAAUAAUGCCUGUUGCAAUGUGUCAAUGUACAAUACAAUAAAAUGUGCAUUCAUACUAGUUUGUUACUGGAAUUACUUUAUGCUCACCAGAAUGUCAUUCAAAUUUCUAAUCUCAAGGGCUAAAUCAAUUUUAAAUUUCUUCACUGCUGCUCUACAAAGAAGCUACGUUAUUCAUUUAUUAAGUGCCAGCAAAUGCUGAUAAUAAACUGAAACUGAAGUAAUAGUAAUGCAAGAUACACCAUUUUGUGAUGCAACAAUUCUGAAUCUUAUUACAAACUAAUUUUUAAAAGAGAAAUUUGUCGGGACCUUGAUGACUACAACUCAUUAAGAUAACAAGAGUAAAAUGGCUGCAAGAUUUUUCCUUUUUUAUAUUUGCUCUUUUUAGAAUAUUUUAUAAACUGCCUCCACCAAACAUUUUGAAUCAGUCAUUUUAAAUUGGUUACCAUCAAAACAGAUAAUUGCAACUUAAUUUAUACUUGGCAUUACUGCUAGUUUUGCACCUAUAGAUUGGUGUGCUCAAUUAUUUAGCUGUAAAGAUGCUAUCUCGCAAUUAAUCUUUUAAUUACUCGUGCAAAUUUGGAAUGCUUCAACAAAUUUAAUUUGCUAGUUAUUAGUGUUAUGUCAGAUCUGCUAAAUAUUAGUAGUCCAAAAUUUUCUUGGGAUCCAUAUAUAUUUGUCAUCAUUUAAUAUACACUGCUUUUCUUCUGAGAUACGUUUAAAAAUCACUAACUAUUACUUUAAAAUGAAUGGGGAUAUAGUUAGAUCUGUGGGUUAGUUUAAUAAUAAGAAGUGCAGGGGUCAAGCAUUUUAGCAUAAUAGUAUCAGAUAUUCAAUGAGGCAGACUGCUCCAGAAUCUGAAAGAACCAGAUUAACAUGAAUGAAUGAGAAUUAGGUGCAUUUCCAAUUUGACCUGUACUUCCCAAAGAAUGUUAAUGCCGAGUCAAAUUAAAUAUUUACCCCAAAAUAUACUAAAAUUGGAAUAAUUUAUGAAGCCAAAUCUAUCAGGAUGACUAUUAUGGAUCAUUUAAAAAAAAAAAUGUGAGCCCUUCGUUUUAAUUACAAUCCUCCUUUUUAAAAAAAGGAACCAGAUUUGGAAUUGGGGUCUAUAAAUUAAGCCGUAAUACAAAACCUCACAAGCAGAUUCGGUAAGUGGAAGCAAAUGUUAUAGAAAAUACUCGCUUGGUACAUUAUUUUAUUAAUUCGUUGCCAUUCACUUUCCAUAACCUUCCCUAAAUGACUUAAUUAUUUAUCAAGUGUAAAUAAUUAAACUGAGUCUCCAAUAAGCAUUAAUUAAAAUCCACUAAGUUUAAAUUGGCCAGUACUCUGCCAGCACUUUCAGACACCUUGAAGAAUUCUUAAACGGUUGGCUCAUUUAUUUAGAAUCUAAGACAGCAGUUUAAUUAGAUGUAACAAUAGUUGCAAAUAUCAACUGUAGAUCAUCAAGACUAAAUGUUUUCAAUCAAAGAUCAUGUUUUGGAGUUUGUAAAAGCUUUACACCUUUCACCCAGAAGAAAGUAGUUGUCUUUAUUACCAAUAGACUAGUCCAAAAAGAUACCAACUGCAGUAAGAGUAAUUAAUCUGUAAUCAUAAGACACUUGUAAAUAGUAUUGGUCAAUGACAAAAAUUAAUACAUCUGGAAAACUGGAAUGCAAUAAUGUAAUCAUCCUUUGUGAAAAAUUGAUCUUGCAAUAUUUGACAAUUAUAAAUUCUAAUGUUUGCAUAUUUUUUUCAAAAUCUUUUUAACAUUUCAGAAAAGGGCAAUUUUGAUGAAAGAAGCAGUCUGAUAAAUAAUGUGUUUAUACCACAACUGUUUACAUAUUUGGCAUUCACAUACUGAACUGAUUUAAAGGUCAUUCAAAAAUAUUACCAAUUUUAACUAUCUUUAUAGCUAUAGUUUUUAUUUUUAUUGUUGAAAUGUUCAUAUUUAUGUGAAUUGUGUCUUGUGCCAGAUACAAUGUUGUUUUUAGAAGUUUCAUUCAACAUUACGUUGCACAUAAUGAAUUGAAGUUUAGGGCUAUUUUCAACAGGUCUGGUUAUUCCAGCCCUACCAAGUAGUAAUAACAACCAGUAAAAAACGUAAAAGCAUUACAGGCAACUCAUGUAAAGAAAGCAAUCCCAGGACAUUUUUAAGGAAUGACUGCAGACAAUUUAAAGCUAAAAAAUCCUCAACAGUAAGAAGCUAUCUCUAUACAUUUGCUAUUUUUUGCAACAUUUGCACUGGUAAAGGUCUGACAAUUUAUGUAGGGAUAUUUAUACAUAAAAAAUCUUCGGUGUAGUAUAUGCGAACACACUCAACUGCAGUACUGCAUUAAGGUGCACUGGAUACAGGGACGUCCGCAGGUUACCUGUGCUGCAAUCUUAUCAUACAAGAAAUACAACCAUGCACAUGUGGGAAUAGUUCAAUGCAGCUAAAAAUCAUAUUGUUACACUUGAUGAGUUGUUACACAUCUUCAUUCAGACAUAAUGAACAAAUCAUUAAAUUUACUAAUUCACAACAGUAUUCCUUAGGUCAUUAACCGAAUUUGUACAUUGAAUCCAUGUAAAAGAGCAACAAAAAUAUAUCUACAUAUCAUUUUCAGCUAGUUUUAUUUCCAACAAUUCUUUAUUUAAUCAAUCUCAAUUGUGAUUGGAUAGAAUCAUCAGGUGCAUUCCAGUGGAAUGUAAAUAUCAAUGAUGUGGUCUCUUGGAAUUAUUGAAUCAUAAAUUAAUUCGGACUAUCUACUUGGCAUCUAUUGAACAAUAUACACAACAAAUAAUAGUAUAACUUCUUCAAAGGAGACUCAGUGGCAGUAGAAACCCCAAAAAUUUGGAAAGGAGAAGAAAAGGAGCAAAACCAUGCUGGAACAGACAAAAUGCAUUCCCCUAUUUACCAGGAUUUUAUUUUUAAUACACAUGAACAGUACGCAUGUAUAAACCAUAACUUAAAUUAUUCCAAAUGGAAAUUUUAGGAGUCCCACUUCUUUUUACAUACAAAAAUGCCAAAUUAUUUUGUGAACAAGCUGUAAUUUUGUUAAAACUGCUUUUUAACUUUCAAAGAUAUUAUGUAGAUAUACAUUUUAAUAUCGAAGGAAUACUGCCUAUUGAAAAAACUUCUUUAAAAACCUCCCAAUAAAUAACACAUCUAAAGAAUAUAAGCCUGCGGACGUCCAAAAUUGGAUAAUAUGUACAAUUUUAAAACUAUGAACAACUAGGCAGUGAAAAACAGUUAUGUUCUCACACACAAAACACACCCAAAACAUACAAAAAUACUAUAUCUUAAGCUACCAAGAAAGACAAUUUAUCAUUUCAUGCCAUGACUUAUAGAGCAAUACACUGAACAAACAAGGAUUUGACAACCAAAAAACAAAACAAUUUUAUCCCAGAAAUAUACCAAAAUAUACAUCUAAGCUUUGGAAUUACUGAGGUUAGACUAAUGCCUGCUGGGUAAUUGCAUUUAAUACACAAUUUUAAGGUUGCAAAGAAGAAACAAAUCUUUGGUAUCUGCAUUAGGCGCAUGUUAACAUUUGUAUUUUGCUUUGGGAUAGAGCUUGUAUGAUCCUACAACCCCAAAUUAGUACUCAAAAGAAAUCUCACAACAUAAAAAAACCUUUCUCUACACAAAAAAGUAGAGUCUCUAGCACAAGGUUGAGGAAUACAAUGCAUAGUUGCACAGUGGUAAUAAUGAAAAGGAGAUGAAACCUUUAUACGCAAGCUACAUCUUUUUUACUCUUUAUUUUUCUUUCUCAAAAUCAAUUGGCAGCAUCCGGCUAGUUACAGUCAGUUCUGAAGAGCACCUCAAUGUGUAUAAAUCCAGAUUACCCAGCCCAUAGGGAUAAAUGCCCCUCAGAAGAGCCAAUCCUACCACAGGAGUCUCCAGUCUUUUCACCAAUCAAAUAGCACAUGGCGCUCCACCUUCAGCAGCCCUUUACUGCUUUUGGUAGAAAGAAUGAAGCUGAUGUCUUUAAUUUAUGCAGUUCUUUAGUUACUGUAAGCAAUUCACACUUUAGAAAUAAGAUUAGUAUAGGACUGAAGACAUUAAAAAUUAGUUCAUACAAUCAUUAAUAAAGUCUUUGGUUUUAUCAGCACAAUGUAAGGUUGCUGUCAUGUAACAGAAGCACUAAGCAUGGCAGGAAAGACCAUCACUAACACUUACAUUCAGAAUGAUCAUUAUUCAUCAGGGUAUUUUUAAAUGAUGGGCAACAUCACCCUUUACCUGAUUUGAUAUUAGAUUGUCAAAACUGAACAGUCUUUUGAUAUACAGCCAGUAUUUGCCCACUAACACUUCUGUGCAGUUGUCUACUUGGAAUUAAAUAACACUGAGGGACAGAGCUGAGGACAAGAACCAUUACAAAAUGAGAAAUGUAAAGAAUAAGCAAGGGAAACGUAUUCUAGUUCCAAUGAACACAAAUGCACCAAGUUUGGGAUUACACUUGUGGUAAACAAGUGUAAAAUAUAUAUUUUUUGUAUUUACAUUGGGUCUUGGGAAAUCUACACAGGAACUUUGUUAUCAUUGAAAGCUUCAAUAAUCAAAGAUCAAACUUAAACAAUUGAUGUUUGAUUGAUUUAAAUCUUUAAUGGAAAAUUUUAACAAGCUAAAUCAAUAUUCCAUUUUCACCUGAUCAAGUCAAACUGUGGGUCUCAAACUCAAGAGUUUUGCUUAUUGAAUAUUAGGUAUUAAUCAUAUAUGGGACAGGUGUCAAGUGGUGAUCAGCCUUCGUAUCUAGCCAAUUUACAUGGCUGAGAAUUGUGAGUUAGUCUAUGACUUACCUAGGUUGUUGUGGAAACAACCUGGAACAGAGUACAGUGACUGAAAACAAUAGAUUAUAGCACGUGAGCAGUUUAGCUAAAAUUCCAGUGGGAUAGAAGUGUGCAUAGAUAUCAAUGGGCAGGUAACAAAGUUCAGGGAUUGAAAAAUGCUCAACUAUUCUUACACUGUCAAUUUUGACUGUUAUUCACUUGUCAUGCUAGUGCUGAUACAUGCCAGAUUUUUUUUUCAAAACUAUAAUUAGUGGCAGGUUCAGCCACUCUGAGGGAGUGGGAGAAGGGAUAGGGGGUAGGAAAUCAUGAUCAGAUGGGUGUGGCGGGACAUUAAAGCGAGAUACUCAGUCACGAGUUAGAAAUGAGGUAUACAAUAGCUCCUGUACCUAGGAUAAAUGGUGACACUAUCAUUUAGGCAACUGAGAAAAAAAAUGAAGUAAUCAUACCAGUUAAGUGGGCAGUGAAACUUACAAGAACCUCUAUUUAAAAUGGUACUCAAAUAUCGAAUUUGAUACAAUUUUCCUUCUGUUAAUCCCCAUAAAAAGGAUUUUCUUUUUCUCCCCCCACUAACUGUUUUUCCACUACAACACAUCAUGCAACAAUCCCUUGUGUAACUAAUGAAUCUACAGAUUUUGGAUGCCCUAAACUUCUCGGAGAACUGCAAUUAUAACAUUAAUAACUGCUGACUAGAUUAUACAGCAAUAUUUUAAAAGUGUGUUCCAAUGAAAAAUCAGUGGAUAUCUAAUAUGUUAUCUAGUAUAAGAUUUCUAUCCUCAGGUAAUUAAUGUCAAUAAUAGUUAAACUACUGUAUUUUAACAAUAAUUAUGGUCUAGUAAUCCAACAUUAAAAUAUUAACCAAUAAUUUCUGUAGCAGAUCAAACUGAUAAUUACAGAAAAAUAACUGAUUGUCCUCAUCUAAAUUAGAAAUUGGCUGUAACCAAUGGUCAGAUCACAUGAAGUUAACUGCACACACCUGCCUGGUAUUAUAAAUUGAUAAAGAAUUUCAUUUUCUUCCUCAUAUUGCCUUCAUUUAUUAAUUUACUAUACAACUUGGUGCAUACUUUUGUUCCAAAUGCUCUGAUAUAACUGAAAUGGAUGUAUCAAAACUUCUCUUUACAUCAUUUUCCAAGACUGUUGAGCUCUUUACAUAACCAGUCACUAAAAUGAGAAUCAAUUCUACCUUCAUAUUUGUUGGUAACAUUUUCACGUUGUAUGUAAAAUUCAAAGUAUCCAACCAUCUGUACUUUCAGAAUUAUUAAUUUAGUUUAUUGCUACUUCAAUGAAUUUUAAAUAUUUAAACACUGAACAACUAAACUGGUUUUCCUACCAUCCUCAUUGAUUCAUAGCAUGGAUUUUAAUACUAUUAAUGAAGCUGUGUGUAUAUAUACCAAUUUAAAGCUCACAAUUUUAUUUUGCUUUCUUUGAGAUUUUCUAGGUAGAAAACAGGAGGGAAGAAAGGAAACAGCGAGUUUAAAGGCACCACUCCUGAUAGCAAUCAUCACAAAAUCAUCGCACAUGCCUAUAUUAGAUUAUGCAUAAAUAAUUUGUUGAAAAGUUUGUUCAAUUAUAAACUGUAAUCCCAUGUAACUGAAGAAAAUGUUUAAAUAUAGGCAUUAAAUAGUGAUGUUUGUUUCAAGUCCUAUUAUACUCAGAAGAGUAACAGACAAACUGAAGAAAAAAUAAAACUAUGUGAUUACGCAACCUCUGUAGCAUUUCAAGCCAUGAAUCAAACAUUUUUCCUCAGAGGGCAUAUCAAAGAAAGCAUAAUAAAGUUAAAAUAGACAAGCUUCCUUAAAUCUGAGUCAGCUGCAACAUUUUCAUUGGGCUUUUCAUAUAGGUAAUGUAGAACUGGCUAAUAUUUUUUGAAGUUUAUUAGGGAUGAGCAAGAGACUUAGAAUUUUUAAGUUUGAAAGCUAGGAGCCAGAAAAAGAAAAAGUGCUUUGGAAUAUUGUCUGGAUGCCACAGAUAAUGAAUUCCCAAAUAUCAAUGCUAAUGAAUUGACUUUCAAAGUUAAAUACACCACUGCUUGUUCACAUAGGAAUAGAAAUUUUCCCUUUUCAAAAUCAGGAAUUCAUCUUCAGCAACAAUUAACAUUCUCCAAGUUUAUGAAGAAGAGAAAGAGAAGUGUUGAAAUAUUCAAUUUAUGAAAUAUUUUUAUGGUAAUUAUAGAUUGUAAAUCAGCAAAGAAAUCUAUAAAGUAUCUUUUGACAUAUAAUUUUGCAGAAAAACUUCUCCCAACUCCAAUGCAAACAUGAGAGCCUGAAAAACAAAUGUAUCUCAGCUAUGCAAAAGGAUGGCAAGACUAUUCCAGCGGUUUGCUUCUCCCUCUUUCAAUGAGAGAUACUACAGAUUCAUUGAAUAUAGAAAAAUAGUAGCAUUUUGCCAUUUUUAUGGAUUAUUUUUAAAGUGAAUAAAGAUUUUUAAAAAUGUGUUUAAUUGUAAACAUUAUUGAAGAGGUUUGCUGGGCUCCAAACUUUUUGUUCAUCCCAAUUCUGCAGAAUACAAUGACUAAGCCAUCUGCUAUUACCUGACACCUCAAUUUUAGUAUGGAGUAAUGCAAUGUUCAUCUUGGGUACAAUAUUAAAUUUUCAAUGUAAUAUGCACAGUGAACAUAAACACUUACCAAUUUUAUACACUAGUAUCAAUACUAAACUCCUGUUCUAUAUUAUGAUACUAAAAUCGUACCUUUACUUCACAGGGAUCAAAAGUUCUCGCAUGACAACACUGCUAUCAUCUCUUAGAAGUACCGUCCAGUUCAAAGAUAAUUCUAAAUAUUGAUAUGAAACAUGUUAUAAAGGAAUAUAUUGUUCAUAGCACUUUUCAUAUCAAUAUAUUUAGAAUAAUCAAGCAACCAUUGCUAGCCAAUUCUGAAAGUGAAUAUUUAAGGGUAUGCAUUCAAAAAUACUGUUUUCAUGCUGUUGAAAUGUAAAUUAUAAUAUUCAAAAUGUAGAUCGUUCUUUAAAGACUAACCAGAAUCUUAAUUUGUAGAUUGGAAAGCUAAAGUUAGUAUUGGAAAGCUAAAGUUAGUAUUAUUAAUUAUAGCCCAAAAUGUUUGCAUAAGUUAGAAGGACAAAAUUUCUUCAAUCACCAGAUAUUCAAUUACAUGGAAUUUCUAACUUCUCAUAUAUGAAGAUUACUGCACACCCCUAAUAUUUGUUUUCCCACACAUUUUAGUUAAAUCACGCCAGAUGAUUCAAAGCAACUCCUGAAUUAAACAGAUUUAAAAUUCCUGUUGAUAAUCCAGUUUGUUAUUUUGAGAUAAGUAAGGAAACUGACGUAGAUUCUCAUUCCACCAACUGGAUGCAAGAAUGAAAGUAAGGGUAGUUAAAGUGUUAAGCGUCCUUUACUCUAAAGCACAAAUCAAAAGCCUAGAUCAAAUGCCAUAGUCACACAUCCACACAAAUAUUCUUUGAUCAGUUAAGCAGGUGCAAGGAGCAGGAUGUAUUUUUGGUCUAUACUGAGUUGUUUAUCUUUGCUAUCAUCAACAAUAAAAAGUUAAAAACUUACUCAACUAUUGAAUAUGACAAACACUAUAUCCAAUAUACAACACAGAUAAAACAUUCUC